UCGACUAAUCGAAUAACCAUCGACGCCGAACCAGACCGCAACACACAACGCCUGGUUGUGUUAUUUUGUUGUUGAAACGCGUACAUAACUUGAUAAAUUCGCGAUGUAGUGGUGUCGUUUUCAACGAGGAUGUCCACCCUUUGAACGCUGUUUCAACCUUGACUAGAUACACGACUGUGUCGAUGAUUUGUGGCGAUCUGACAGCUACUGCACUGCCUUGCGGGUUCACUGCAAGACUCCUCUAGCAAAAUGUUCGGACAAACGGGACGCGUGGAUAAGGAGCUGUCCAGCCGCAGCUUGGAUUACACAGCAACAAUCUUAGACGAAAUUGCCUUGGAAGGCUUGGAUGGCAUAACGUUGCAAGGUCUAUGGGUGCGCCUUGGGGCUUGUCCACAUUUCCCCAUGGCCAUUGAUCAAGAUGCCCAGAAGUUUAUAUGGGAGGUAGUCAAAAGACUAGAAGAUGUGGAUGUUUUUGAAUUGCCAACAGAGCGAUCUCCAUUAGUUUUGUUCAACCGAUUCGAGUUAGUCGACCAUGAACUUGGCAAUGUGAUAGAGCCGGAAAUAAUACCUGAAGACAUCUACCCUUUCAAAGUAGUAGAUGACCAAACCAGGGGCAUUAUAGGUUCAUGUCCUCUUUAUGAUGAUCGGCGAGAAAUUACAGAGAGAGCUAAACAAGCUACUUUGGAAGCAGCAAUAAGAAAAUGGGGAUCAAGAUUAGUGCUUGUUGCAAGUCAAAGCGUUAGGUCUGCGGCUCUAAUGGGAGAUGAUGUUGAUCCAUGUUUGGAGUUGACACCUAUGCACUUCUGUAUUCUUGAAAGAAUCGGUCGUGCUCGAUAUCAUGGAGAAGUCACUCAAGGAAAGAUUAGUCUACAUUGUACCGGAGAAGAUCCAAAAAGUUUAUUUUAUUAUAGAAAAACAUUACUUCUUCACAAGCUGAUUACAAAACAGGGUUUUAAUCUUAAGUCCAAUGCUCAAAACUGCAGUGGUAGUUUAUUACACUUACCACGCUUCUUCUCAGAGCAUAAGUCAAAAAUAUAUUAUUGGACUGAGAGAAUAGUCGAAUUUCUAAGGGGCAAAGUCAAUUUUCUAGCUGAUUAUGAAGAAGUCCGUAAUGAAAUAGGAGGCACAACUCUGCCUAAAAAACUAUUUAAAACUCCAGACUUUCUUAGAUUUGUUAAAUCAGAGAAAGUUACCUAUAGAACUGUUCAUCCUGAUGCUCCUAGAGAGGUGUGGAAGAACAAAGGAUCUGAUAAAGAAAAACUUAUUAGAGUAGUGAGACUUGUAAAUCCAAAUUGUUCUGUAAAAGAUGAAUGGGUAAAAGAAGAAGAAGCAGAGGAAGAGGAGGAAGGCAUUGGCUAUGUUGAUGAGUCUACACGAAUGCUAGAUGUCCCCAUAAUGACUCAAGCCUUCAAUGCAGUUGAUGAAGCUGGACCCAAUGGAUUAACUCAAGUUGAACUGUCUAAAAAACUGGGCAUGACAAAACUACAAGCUAGGACUUUGUGCCGUAACCUUCUACGCCGGAAUUUAGUUUCUACAUUCAUGAAUGAUGUUGGGCGUCAGCGAUUUUACAAAUAUUGCUCAAAACGUUUUGACUCAUCUGGUCAUUUGAGUCAAGAAUUUCAUAAACAGAGAGAUAAAAUGCUUUCACUGCUUUCCAAACCCAGUGAACCUAAAAGAAAACCUGAAGAUGAUCUGUGUGAUCAAUUAGAGAAGAGAAGAAGGAUUGAAGAAGCAAAUGGUUUUUGCCAUGAUGAAAGUAUGCCUUCUCAUGAGGAAAUUGCACCACUUUUAGUAGAGUGUGUCAAAAUGGAGUUCCCAGAUAUUCCCUUCAUGGAAGCUGUGCCAGAUGAUGAAGAAAAUGGGGAAAAUGCAAUGAUCCAAGCUGACUUCAGUGAAAGUAUCAAUCAAUUACUCGCUCAGAGCAAUAUGCAUCAGUCUACCCCGUUGUUGUCACCAACUAAAAAGGGCAGAGGCAGGAAGCGAAAGACUGUUACUACAGAGCUUUCCCUCCAAGAUGCUGCCGAUGAGAUGGACAUAGGCAAUCCAACUGAAAUUGUUAUAGCAGAGGAUGUUUCAUUCAUCGAAACAAAAGACAAUGGAAGUUUCACUGAUGAAGUUAAAAGUAUCUAUGGUGGAAAGAACAAACACCACAAGGAAUCCCCAGCCAUUACAACCAGAGUUUUGAAAAGAGUCAACCUCAUCAUUGAAGCUGUUCAGCAGCACAUUGUGAUUGAGGACUUAACAAAACUCUUGAAGCUAAUUCAUGAAGAAGAAGAGAAAGAAGGACUCAGUACUAAAAUUGAUAGGAAGUCGCUUCAUCGUUUACUGGAAAAACUGAAUAAAGAUGGCCAUAUUAAAACUAUUAGAGUUCACAUGAAGGGUUCUUGUAAAGAGAAAACUUUAAACUUUGUUUGUCAGCCGGGUGUUACUGUUGAUCAUAGCCUUAUUCAAUCGGCUUUAGACCAGGCCAAGAUGAAAAUGUUUAUACCAAACAAUGACCGGUUGCAACAAAUGAUGCAGGAGACAAGGGACAAGGCUAUUCUUAGGAGCUUGAUAGAAGAUCCAAAUUUUAAAUUAAAUUCUUCUACAAUUGAUGAAAGUCUGAAUGAAAUGAGUGUUUUGGAGUCUUCCAUAUCUUCGAAAGCUUCGAAUGAAACCACUUUAUUCAAGCGCAAUUCUAAACUUGGGAAGAAAUAUGGUUACCAGCCCAAAUUUGUGAGGAUGAAGACAAUGCAUAAGUUGCUAUUUUAUCUGAUACAUGACUAUGCUGGAGUGUCUGAUAUUGACCAACUAGCAGUCAAAGAAACUUUGAAUGAUAUCACCCCUCUAUCAGUUGAAAUAGAAAAUGAAAUGCCCCAAGUAUAUUUUCCAGCUGUAGAUUGGAGAAUGUUCAUACCUCCCCUUCCUCAGCAUUCAGGCUGGCCCAAAGGGUGGGCUAUCAUGUGUGAUAUACUGUUGCGGCUGCCUUUGUCAAUCUUCUUGCACCUUGUUAACAUAAAUUAUGAGGUAUCAGGCUUGGAUGAGUACCUUUCACACCCAAUAAGAAAACACUACCUUCUAAAACAUCUACCACCAAUAAUUCGGAAUCAGUUAACAGCUGCUCGCAGAUAUAUUUUUAACUGUCAUGAGGUUGUGAGCCGCUUGUGUUACAUUGGACUUGUUCAGUUUGGCCCUCAAAAACUGAAGGAGAAAGAUCAGGUUUUUAUCUACUUGAACAAGAACACCUCUUUAAUGGAUACAACAACAUCCCCUGCUGGAUAUCAUCAAAUUUCGCGUGAUUUGGAUUACAAAGUACUGCGGUUUCACUUUGGUUCUUUCCAAGAUGUAGACCAGUACUGGUACCAGUUGUGGUACAUCUGUGUGAACACCUCACUGGGCGGACGAAUGUGUGUUUCUGGAAAGGAAAUUACAGUGGAAGUCCUGGAAAACAAGCCUGCAAUGGAAGCUGCUCUCCAGGCUCGCACUCCAGAGGAAGCAGCUUUUCUAGACGGCGGUGAUGUUCCUGGGGACCAUUGUGGUGCCGCAGGGCUGGACUCUGCUUUGUUUUCACAUCUGAAAAGGAAUUGGAAUUGGUUCAACCAUGUCUCUGAUUCCGACAUUGAUGGUCUGCACACACCAGUGGUAAAUGACCACCUUCCACUAGCCAAAAAGAGUGGGAAGAAAGUUACUUUUGGCCAGCCAUCUAAGACUGCAAAACUGAUCACUGGAGAGACCUUAUCACCCAAGAAUUUUGUCGCAAAGAAGUCUCAGAAGCCUGAGGCUGCUAAAACUGUGGUUGCCAAAAAACGCUCCUCCAAGCAAAAUCAGGUUCGGAAAGUUCCUCUUCCUAAGGCUUCUAGGAAGAAGCCAUACUAUGAUGAUAUUGAUUUGGAGGCCCUUGCCCUAAUGAGUAAACUCAGAGUGGAAUGGACUGCUCCAGAAGACAAUAUUCUCUUGCUCUGUAAAGUAGCCUCCUCUUACUUGUCUCCUCAAGCACGCAAUCAAUGUAUAACAAUGCAAACCUGGAGAAAUUUGCUCCACCGAGUGAUAGAUAGUUCUAAAAAUAAAACAUCUAGAGCUGUGCAAAGAAGAAUUGUCUACAUGAUGAAAAAUCCAUCUACAGCUCGUAGUGUUUCCCUCUGCUUAGAGGAAAUAAAGCAAGAUCCUAAAAUCAACAAGGUGUAUGGUAAUCUCUUAAAUAAUUUGAAAAGCCAAGAAGAAAGUCCAGAAGUCAUAGAACAGACCAUGAAUGAUAAGUUUUCUGAACUUGUGGACAUACUUCAGGGACGUUUCCAAAACAUGAGAUCAAAUUCAGUUGCUUAUGAAAAAGCCCUAAUUCCUGAUACUGUGGAAGAGCUGAGGACCUCAUAUGUUAUUGCCAGUCCACAAAACUCCAUUCGCAAGAAGGGCAAAUUUGCAGAUGUAGCAGAGACUGCGGACAUUCAUGCAUCUGUCAUAAAUGCAAUGAUUUAUAGUUCACUAUGUUGUAUGAACGACAAGACAAAUUAUGCAUAUCAGUUAUUUGGGGUAUAUCAACAAUACCCUGAUGCUCUAUUGCGAUCCACCAUGGCCAAGAUAAGAUCUGACCAAAUGGUUUCCCUUAGAAGACCAUACGCUCGAACAAAACUGAAGUCUGGCCAAUUCCUCCCUGUAUCCAAUUGUCCUUACCAACUUUCUAUCAGCUAUCAGCACCUUCUCCAAACUAAGUUCCAGUAUGAAAUAUUCUCUGAAUCCUUUGUUACCCUUCAAAAGCUAGCUUGGGACAUGUUGUUGAACACAGAUGUAAAUGGGUUAGAAUUCCUUGUUGUUGAUGGUGGCUCAGCAGCAACAUUUAUUGAAUACAUCAUUAUGGACAAAGUAAGAAUUGUUUUCCAAAUUACUAUACCAGACCAGCUGAUCAUUUUAGAUCCAAGAAUUUCUAGAAAAGAUGAAACAUAUAAUAGAAUAGUUGAUCGAUACAGAGAUAUUCUGCGCAAAUGUAAGGUUAGCCGUGAUUUGGCAAAAGCUGGUGAUCCACUGGCUGCUCCACUGGUAUCGGCAGGUCAAAAGCCUUUCCUGGACAUGCUAUCAAGUGAUGAUGUUUGGAAUGAAGAUGCAGAAACUGAAAGUGACUCUGAGCCGAGUAGCAAGAAGAGAAAAACAGCAGCAACAUCAGAACCUGCCACCUCUGAUGUGGUUGCAAAACGGACCAAGAAAGCGGGUUUGUCAGAACUGGACAGUGAGAGUGAUGAUGAAGACUAUGGAAGUCACAAAGUAACAGCAGGCACUCCUCAAAUUGCUGUUGCCCGAGCUGCUACACGUAUAGCCCUUUACAUGAUGAGAGAGGAGAACGAACAAACGGAAGUCAAUAAAGUACAAGAAACACAACAUGCUCAUGACUUCUUUGUUGUUAACUCUUGCAAGGUUGUUUGUCGACUUAAGGAAGACUUGUCCUCUGAUGCCCAGACUGAACCAUUGGUGGGAAUCGAUCCUAGUGGUACAAGAAUUAAGUGUGCUGUGUCAAGAUCUUUACUUCCUGUAAAUGCUGCAUUGGCAAAUGAUGUUCUUGAAAACAUAAAAAAGAGAGCUGUGUUUGAAGGCCCUAAUUUACCAGAAAAUGUUGUUUUGGCUGAAAUAGCUUUUAAGGGCAUUGAUGAGUCAUUUAUGCUCCAAAUUCUGGAAUUUUGUUUGUCCAAAAAUGAAUUUGGUGCUACUAUGGAUGAACUGCGGAAUGAGUUCGAGAACAAUAAAUCAAUUUUGGCUGAAACACUGGAGUCUCUUGUGGAAGCAGAGCUUUUGCUGCGGGCGGGUGUAACUAAGCUAGUCAUUGUUCACUAUAAAAAAGUUCGGCCAUGGCUAAUUCACUCCAGCAAAUUGUUAAGGUUGGAUAAAGAAAAGCUCAAUCCUACUGAUGGGAAAGUCCUAGCUUUAUCUGAUGAUAAGGAUGAGGCUGAGGAUGAUAGUUACAUGGAGAUUGAAGGAAUUGGUGAAGAAGUACCCCAAGAAAUUAAUGAUGAGGAAGAGGAGGAGGAGGAAGAGGAAGAAGAAGAUGCAGAACCAGAGGAGGAAGUUGAUGAAGAAGCUGUUGAUGAUCCAGAGAGUGGUGCCAACAAUGAGACAGAAGCACAAUCUGAGUCACCAAACAUUGAACCCAAGAAAGUCCUGCACCUCAAAAAUGCCCGAACAAAGCGUGGCAAACCAAGGCUACAAGAAAGUUCUCUCCCUUUCCUUGACGAACUGGACAAUCUGCCUGCUAAUCGAAUCAGAGUAAGUAUGAGACCAUGGAUUCGAGUUGAUGGUACUGUGAACAGGCGAGUGCUGGACCGAUUACUUGGGGCUGUUCUUGGACAUUGCAUGUCAAACCCUGGAUACUCUUUGGAUAGAGUCGGGGAGAGGUUCUCUCCUGGUCUUCAGCCCUUUCAUACAAGGGAGCUCUGUGAGGUCCUUCGGAAACUUGGCUGUAUUACAUGGAAAGCUUUGGUUAGAUCUCACAAACCAACCCUGUUUACGAAACCUAGGACAAUCACAUUAGUGGAUGCUGAUGGAACUGAAUGUGAAAGUGAUAUUUGCUUAGAAGCGUGUGCAGAUGCUAUUUUACGCCUUGGGCUAUUCAUAGGAGACAAGGCUUACAAGAAGGAUUUUUUCCUGUAAUUUUGACCCUUGUUUGUUUUGUACAUCAGUACUGUUUCUCAAUUGUUUUUGACUUGCCUGUUUCAUGUUAAUAUUUUUGUCUUUUGUGCUGUUAAUGUUACUUUGCUUUCCUUAUUAAAAUUGUUGUUGUGAAGUCUUAGAGUAACAUGACUGAAUUAGGCAUGCUAAGCAAUAAGCAUGUGGUACAUUCUAAGGAAACCUAUGGGGUAUGAUAAACAAACAUCCUAUAUUGACUGUGAUACAAGUACAGUAGUAUUGUAACCAACAGAACACUGAUGUUUUUCAUCUGUUCUGUUUCUGUUGGUAUUGAGAAUAAUUUUUUUCCCUUGUUUUGUAAGCCUGCCUUGUGCAUAUUUUAUGUGCUAAAAGGAAUAUUUUUAUUUUGUUAGCAUUGAAUUAAUGAACAUCGGCAUUAAUUGGGUUGUAUGCUUGUGCUUCAAAAUGAUUAGCAUAUUGACUUUGUGAUCUCCACAAUUGAAUUAAAAUUGAGUUAAGUACUUAAACUAUGCUCAGUAAUUACAGAGACCCAUUAUCCUCUGCUGUUGAGAACACCUGCUUUGAAUAAAAUUCCAUCUACACACA